UUUUGUUUAUGUUUUGGUCCGAACGAUAUUCAUCAAGCGAACGAAGUUUGCUUGGUCGUACUUUUAUGUUUAGUUUUAUUUAUAAAUUAACAAUAGAAUGUAAUUAAGUCCAUCAUGAACGAAUCUAAUCCAAUUAUCAUGUACAGUUACGCCGUGGCCGAUCAAAUUUAUGAGUUGAAGUCGGUACCCGAUCAAGUGAAUGGACAAAAUGCCAGUGUAUUGGCUCCCACUCUUCUUCCGACCAACAUCGUUCAGCUAGUCCCGGGUAACGUGACUGUUCGAACAAACAACGCUUCGUCAACGAUUCGAGUAGUGGAAAAUAUCCAACUUCAACCUCCCACGAGAGAAAUUCAUAAAAAGAUCGAAACAGAUCUGGAAACGAAUUCUUGUGUAAAAACUUUGGAUCAUGUUCUUGUUCCUGAUAUUGUUCAAGAAGACACACACAUAUUACCGAUCAUAGAAUCUGACAAAAUAAUUGAAUUGCAUGGAGACCUACCACAAGAAGUAUGUUUUUCUUUAAAAGAGAAAUCGCCGCCAAAAAAGGCCUUUGAUGAAUUAAAAUCGACACGAAAUAAGAAACCAGUUGCUUCAGAUGUUCCACCCAGAGUGAACCCAAAAUCGUUCGGAAGCAAAUCCAGGAAGAAAAACUUCAUCUACGAGUGUGAUGUUUGUGACAGUCGGUUCCUGUCGGCCACAUCGUUGAUACUGCACAAAACUGGCCACCGGUAUGGGCCCCCGGAGGAAAAGAAGUCGUGGAUUUGUCGUUUCUGCGGGCGACAUUUUUCCCACCAGCAAACGCUUGGCGAUCACGAGAAGGUCCACACCGAUGAGGUGCGGUACAAUUGUGGGGCUUGUGGGGCAAAAUAUAACUCGAAAAGCGGAUUGAGGAAUCACCUGGCGAAGAAUGGGGCAUGUCACGAUAACUUUCGGGAGCGGAAACUGCUGAGGAAGAAGGAAGAGGAAGACGAGAAGUCCCAUGAAUGCGAGGUGUGUGGUAAGAAGUAUCGACAUAGGAAGUCAAUGGUGGAACACAGGAGUUUGCACUACAGGAGCAAACAGCACAGGUGCGAGAAAUGCGGAGCGAUGUUCGAAACCACGGGAGGCUGGAGGAAGCAUGUGGCGAAUGGGAGAUGUGAGUUUUCCAAAUGCAAGUUCAAAGGUCAUGGAACGGAGGAGGGUGGCGUGUUUAUUCCUGAAGAAAGGAAGAAAUUCCUGGAUCAAGUGGAGGAGGUUAAAAAACGACAGAUGGAACAGCAAAGUGAUCGAUUGGAAAACUCAAGUUCUAGCGAUGAUGAAGAUGAUCAAGAUAUUGAUUCAACAGUUGACACGGAAAGGCAGGUUAAAGAACCAGUAGACACAUUUACUGCCGAGGAUCAGAAUAAUGAUCAUUUGGAAAAUGAAGAGAAUGUUUAUCUGGAAACACCUGUUUUAGGAUCUCCCGAAAUUAAAGAAGAAAAUCUUAGUUGUGAUGAAGAAGAAUCAAAUAUCGAUGAUGCUAUUUCUCGAGAAACUACUGACGUUGUGACAGAUACAGUUUUGGAUGAUAAGAACCAGCUUCAAUUGUUGAAUUCUACAUCUCAAGUGCCUCGUCCUCGAAAGCAACGAUCGCCGAAAGUACACCAGUGCCCAACCUGCAAAAAAGUGUUUGCUCGCAGCUUCGUCCUCAAAACCCACCUUCGUACUCAUACCGGUGAGCGUCCCUUCCUCUGCGAUACUUGCUCCAAAUCCUUCAGCGAUUCCGCAUCUCUAAAAGCCCAUAUCGUUGUUCACACUGGAGAAAAACCCUUCCCUUGUCCUGAAUGUCCAGCGCGAUUCGCACGGAAAAGUGGCCUACGUAACCACAUUACCGUCCACUUCAAUCUCUCAUGCGACCAAUGUGAUCAGAAGUUCCCCUCCCGAAAGACUCUCAUGCGACACAAAAUCAAACACCAAGGUAUUCGCCCCUUCCUGUGUGAAAUAUGUUCCAAGGACUUCCGCACCAAAGCCGACAUGCAAGCGCACAUGCGAAUCCACACCAACGAAAAGCGAUACACGUGCCCAAUCUGCUCCGCCCGAUUCAACUGUCCGUCAACGCUUCGACGGCAUCGAAACGUACACGCCCCGCCGGAAACGCGCCCCGUGUGCACAACAUGCGGUCAUUCCUUCUCCUCGCAGCAAGCCCUCCGGAAACACGAAAAUAUCCACAAUAAUGUCAAACCGUUCCGGUGCGACGUCUGCGCCAAAAGUUUCCGGGUGAAGGACCAUCUCAAAAUCCACUUCCGGUCGCACUCGGGCGAAAAACCAUUCCCAUGUGAAGUGUGCCAGAAGCGGUUCGUCACCAAUGGGGAUCUGAAGGUGCACAUGCGGAGGCAUACCGGCGAAAAGCCCUUCAGCUGUGAAGUGUGUGGUGAGGCGUUCGUGGUGACGGCCACACUGUACAGGCACAUACGGAAGACGGGCCACCGGAAUCGUAAGCCUGAAGCGAUCAUAGUGCAGGAUGUCGUGAGGGCCACGUGACGGUGGAUGGUAUUGAAAUUUAUUUCGGUAGCAUUGUAAAUAAUCGGUAAAGAUUUGUGAUAAAA